AUGGCUCUUAGAAUCCAACAAAUCAAUCGGAAUUUGGGGGUCAUUAACAAAAGGGCUGCCGAACUUGGCCUCGUCGGGAGACUUGAUGCUGCUGUGCCCACUUUGCCUGAUGUUGCUCGUGAAACUGACUCGUUCUCUCUUGAUCCUAUUUUUAUUGGAAGAGAUGAGAUGAUGUCAGAAAUAGUUGAACAGCUUACUGCUUGUAUCACAACUGAUGAACCUAUUUCUAUCCUUGCCAUUGUGGGAAUGGGAGGAUUGGGAAAGACAACUUUGACUAGGGAAGUCUUCCAUUUUAUCAAAGAAAAGAAUCUGUUUGGAUCACAUAUUUGGGUGCAUGUUUCUCAAAAUUUUGAUCCACUCAUUCUUUUCAACAAAAUCCUCAAAGGAUUGACUUCUCCUGAACAAGUCGAAAUCGGGGAUAAGGAAGGUGUUUUGAAAAUACUUAACAGUGCUUUAAAAAAUAAAACAUAUCUUCUUAUUCUUGAUGAUAUUUGGAAUGAAAGUGUUCUUACAUGGGAACAAUUUUUUCAUCCCUUGUUGCGCGUUAGUUCUAUGAAAGGUAAUGCGAUUGUUGUUACCACCAGAAGUAUGGACGUCGCUUCAAUUAUGAAACCACUUCAUACACAUGAGCUGCAAAUUUUAUCAAAUGAAGAUUGUUGGUCAAUUAUCAAAGAAAAAACUUUUGGAAAAGAGAAUGUUCCUUCAGCAUUUGAGGCCUCUGGAACAAAGAUUGCAGAAAAAUGUAAAGGUUUGCCAUUAGCUGCCAGCGUAGUUGGUGGAGUACUACUGUGUGAUAAAUCUGAAGAAAAAUGGCACUCGAUCAAAGAGAAUUGGCUUUCACGCUAUGAAGGAAAUGAUAUCGCACAGAUAUUGAAGAUUUCUAGAAGCUAA